AUGAGGUUGAGCAAGCCACCCGAAGGAUUCCUCAAAUGCAAUGCGGAUUGUACUCUUUUUCAACAUAACUCAUGCUUUGGAGCUGACAUAUGGUUCCGCGAUAGUAUAGGGAGAAUUGUUUUAUCACAAACAACUUUGUUCCCUUUCAUAGGUACCGUGGUAGAAAGUGAAACCACUGUUUCGCUCGUUUCCAUCCAGCUUGCGAACGACCAUGGAUUCAACAAUGUACAGUUUAUGUGCAACAAUCUCACUGUUGCUACUGCUACCAAUAAGGCUAUCAUCUACAAUAAUGAGUUGAGUCAUUUAAUUUCACUUUGUAGAGGAUUGUUUUCUGUUCAUGCUAGCUAUAAUCUAGCUUUUGGUAAGAGGAAAGCAAAUAUGACCUCUCAUACUCUAGCUAGAAUAUCCUUAUUUCAUGCUAGUCGUUGUUCCAUCUUUUUACAACUCCCUGAAUGUAUUGCAACUUUGAUUAUAGAAGAAAUGCAAUGA